AUGCUGUCACCGAGACCGAAAAGGAAUGGAAGUCGCAGCGGCAGCAUAUUUGGAGCCAGCGGUUCAACGGGCAGUGGCAGAUUUGACUUUGGGUCAGCAGCCAGAUUUCGGACGUUCGAUUGCCCGUCGCGCCGCCGAGCCUCUAGUUGUUCUAACGUCGCCUCCUUGGCAUUUGGAACUAUCCCAACUGACGAUGCUAAACGAUGGAAUCAGUCAUUUUUCACAAUUGCGCUGAGAUCUUUAAUGGCAAUUGAUUUAUGGCUUUCUCGGCGGCUUGGAGUGUGCGCUUGUGAGAGCUCGUUAUUAGGCAGCAUACGGCCACUUGUGAAGCUGACUGAAUUCACAGGACACGGUAUACCGUGGCUGGCAUGUACUGCGUACCUCUUUCUGGUCAGUAAUACAGCAGCGGAGCAGGAGGUUUCGAUAAAUUUGCUGAUGGCGUUAGCACUAGACCGAAUUCUGGCUGGCAUAGUGAAAGCACUGGUAUGUCGUUACUGGUCAGCUCCCAGUCGCUCUGACAACUUUUCCACUGUCCCACUGGAUCGCUGCACCCUCCCAUCUGGCCUUGCCACACGAGCGACCAUGUGUGCCCGCUUCCUGCUGGCCCACCUGGUGGUGGAUGCCCCACUCCGUGUCCUUGUCCUGUCCUGGGCCACUCUGGUAGGCCUGUCCCGGGUCCUACUGGGUCAGAACAAUGUGACGGGCAUGGUGUUUGGUCUGUGCAUAGGAUAUUGCCAGUACAGCCUGGUGGAGAGGUUCUGGGUGCCCCUGGACUGGCUCCAGGACAUACUGUAUACGGUGAUGGGAGAGAGCCAGGCAAUGAGGGGAUGA